GCAUUCCACUCUCUGCCACCAACCACCUCUGUCGCCCCGCCACCAUGCUCGAAGCCCGCCUCGCCGAAGCGUCCAUCCUCAAGCGUCUCCUCGACGCGAUCAAGGAGCUCGUGACCGACGCCAACUUUGAGUGCAACGAGGAGGGCAUCGUGCUGCAAGCGAUGGAUAACUCGCACGUCGCUCUCGUCUCUGUCAAGCUCGACGCGUCCGGAUUCAAGCGAUACCGCUGCGACCGGCCGCUGCCGCUCGGCGUAAACCUCAACUCGUUCACAAAGGUGCUCAAGUGCGCCAAAGACGACGACGUCUGCAUCCUCAAAGCCGCCGACGACGCAGACGUGCUCUCCCUCACCUACGAGGCCCGCAAUUCGGACCGAAUCGCAGAAUACGAGAUGAAGCUGAUGGACAUCGACGCGGACACGCUCCAGAUUCCCGACACGGAGUACGAGGCGCGCGUGACGAUGCCUUCGGCCGAGUUCUCGCGGAUCGUGCGCGACUUGUCGCAGCUCGGCGAGAGCGUGCGGAUCGAGGUCACGAAGGAGGGCGUCCGGUUCAUUUCGGACGGUGAGGCUGCGAAUGGGAAUAUCCUCUUGAAGCAGUCUGAAGGCGCUGCGCAUGCGGGGGCGUCGUCGAAGCGUGAAGAGGAUGAGGAUGAGGAGGCAGAGGAUGAGGAAGAUGAAGGCGAGCGGAAGCAAAAGCGGAAGACCAAGGCCAAGAAGGAGAAGGUCAAGAAGGAGGACGGCGCCGAGGACGAGGACGAUGGUGAGUUCAAGGCCAAGCCGGAAAACGAGGGCGACGAAGACGAGGACGAGGACGACGAGGCAUUGAGCAAGAAGCGCAAGAAGCCUACGAAUAACGGAAAGCCCGCAAAGAAGGCGAAAAAGGGCGCGGAUGACGUUCCAGAGGGCGCCGUGCGCAUCGAGAUGAACCAGCACGUGAACUUGACCUUCAGCUUGAAGUACCUCGUCAACUUUUCCAAGAGUGCCUCUCUCGCGAGCAGCGUCCAGCUCAUGAUGAGCAACGAUGUGCCUCUCCUCGUGUCGUACGACUUUGACACGGGAUACAUCCGGUACUACCUCGCACCCAAAAUCGGCGAUGACUGAGCGGCGCGUUGCCUUGAUUCUUCCGGUUUCUUUCGCCUUCGUAGUGCAUCUCUCAGUUCAUGUACCUAGUUACAUUUAUAUGUAUAUCAUCUCGCAAGUAACGAAAAACGUCG